AUGUCCCGCUUUGUGACAGCUUUCAAUAAAACGGUUGUAGAAUAUUUUCGAAAAACAAGUCUCAACGGCUUUGGUCUGCUCUACUUUAUAAGAAAACGCAGAAUGCAAAGAAUCUUCUGGUUUUUGUUUAUUAGUUUUGGCAUACUUUUCGCUAGUUAUGCAGUGUUCUCGAUGAUUCUGGAAUUUCUCAGCUUUUCAACAAUUACAGAUCUCUCGGAAUUAAAGGUUUUGCAAGAGGAAAUACAUUUUCCUGAGCUAAAAAUAUGUAGUGGCUAUAAAUUUAGUCGCAGGAAUAUGUUAGCUUUUGCUCAGGAUUUAGUGAAUUCUCACAACAAAUCGCUGGAUUACUGGCUAAACAAAUUGUCAUUGCUAUCUGGAUACUUUGAUCCUUUGGCUGUAAACGAAGAGGAUGUUUAUGACAUAAAUUCUAUACUCGAUAUAAAGAAUAUUUCCUCACUUUUACUCGGCCUAACACCAGCAUGUGAAUCUUUAAUACUCAAGUGUAAAGUGAAUAAUAUUUCUACCAAUUGCUCGCAACUAUUUAAAUUAAAACCUUAUAAGGAGGGAAAUUGUUGUGCUUUAAGGAGGAGUAAUCUAACUGGAGAGCUCUCACUUUUUGUGGAUUCCUCACAAGUAGAUGAAUAUCCUUUAAAUGGUAAUUUUCCUGGCCUUAGCUUACAUGUUCCAAGUUGGCAGGGUAGAAUUAGUAUUAACCCUGGCGAAAUAGCAGCUGUGGAAAUAGAAGUUAUGGAACUUCAAGGAAAUGCUCAACUAAACGAGUUUGCCGUAGAGAAGCGAGGUUGUUAUUUUUCUCAAGAGGGUGAAAGUAGGGAAAAGUGCCUGCAUGAGUGUAGAAUAAAAGCCACGCUAAUUAAUUGCCAGUGUGUGCCAUAUCCAUUCGAGUUUAGUACGCAAAAGUUUAAGCAUUGCACUUUGGAGAACAUAACAUGCCUGCAGUUGGUAGAAAGAAACUGGUCACCAGCUCAGUGUCCGCAAUGUUUGCCGCUCUGCAAUCAAAUGUUUUACAGGUUGAACAAACAAAUCCUUGGGCAUUUGCAUCCUUGGAGAAGUGAGUUGACUUUCAAAUUUAAAAUGCCACAUCGACAGCUGUACAAAACAAACAUACUCUAUCAUUGGUAUCAAAUGCUGUCAAACGUUGGCGGCGUACUGGGCAUUUGCAUUGGCUGCUCCUUCAUCAGUGGCUUCGAGUUGAUCUACUUUCUGGUCUUUCGCCUGUGGUCCAACUAUCAUCGACAGUCCGAGAUUUAAUUAAGUCAAAUGUUACACAUACGCCGUGUGGGCAAAUUUGUUGCGAUUUAUCUCGUUGACAACGUGCCAGCGACAGGGUCGCAUUAAUCUUG